UGAACCAGAAAUAUCAGAACCUCUCAUAAGCCAUGGCGCUUUUCACGCACGCAAGCAAGAAUCCUUCAUGCAAAGGCGUUCACCGAAAGCGUUGAAAUAAAGCAACAAAAAAGGGAAAGUGGUGACUGAAACUGACGCAACCGCUGAACAAUUGCCACAUGGCAAUCAUGCAAAAAAUGUUGAAAUACAAAACAUAAAAGAAGAAAUUCCGAAAAACGCUCUAACCUUUUGUGGCUUCAAACAAACUCUCGAACGCGAAACGCAGUUACUCUUUUUCUCCAACAACUCCUCCCACUUCAACUAACUCGUUCUUACUCAUCCAUUCAGCUCUCGACAACCUCGACGGUAACUGUUACUUCGUACCGUGUAUCUCGCGUUCACUUUCCUUCUUCUCAGAGAUUAUUUAAUUACUUGAUUAGGAUUUGAAAGUGGCGAGAGGGCGAAAUGAAAUUCGGGUACACAUUUAAGGAGUACCUGCAGGAGGAGCGGGAAUGGUUAGUGGACGAGAAUUGUGCACAUAUUGAAUAUAACAGGUUGAAAAAUGUUUUGAAGAGUUGUCAGAAUUGCAAAGAUACUUCUUCGGAUAAAGACCAGUUAUGUCAGUGUCAAUCUUGCCCAGUAUGCGAUCAGAAGUUUUUCUCCGAGCUGAUGAAGGAAGCAUCAGACAUAGCAGGCUACUUUAGUUCAAGAGUUCAGCAUCUUCUUCAUCUCCAUAUUGCAAAAGGACUGCAGAGAUAUGUACUGAGUUUGCGCCAGUGUUUUAAAAAUGAUCGGCAAGCCCUUGCCCAAGAAGGAAGAAUUCUAAUUGAGUACAUUACCAUGAAUGCAAUUGCAAUGAGGAAAAUACUUAAGAAAUAUGAUAAAGUGCACAGCUCUAUGAAUGGGGAGAAUUUCAAAUCCAAGAUGCAUGCUGAGCAUAUUGAACUUUUACACUCACCUUGGCUGAUUGAAUUGGGUGCUUUUUAUCUAAAUUCGAGUGGGCAAGAUGGUUGUGAGCUUGAUGGAGUCCGUGGUCACUUUUCAUGUGAUUUUGAUGUAACUAAUGCUGUAAUGACAUUGAUUCUUCCAGAUUCUAUUAAGCUUGAGUAUGAUCUGAAUUGUGCAAUUUGCCUGGAUUUUGUUUUCAAUCCAUAUGCUUUGGGUUGUGGACACUUCUUCUGCAAGUCAUGUGCUUGCUCUGCUGCAUCUGUGAUGACUUUCCAAGGCCUUAAAGCUGCAAGUCCAGAGUCAAAGUGUCCUAUAUGCAGAGAGGGUGGAGUUUAUUCCAAGGCAGUCCGAAUGUUAGAACUCGAUCUGCUUAUGAAAAGAAGGUGCAAAGACUAUUGGAAUUGA